GGGCCGGGCAGCAGUGGAGCUGAGCCAGUGCUCUCCUGGUUACAUGCACAGGAGAAGAUGAGGUUUUGCUAAGAACUACCGCAAUUCCAAGCUUCUGAGGGGUUGUUGCUAACUGUGAGUCAAAGAGCCCUUUGGUGACAGAAUGACAGUAUGGAUGUUGGGGAUAGUCCCCUUCUCCCAGACAGCAUCCUCUAUGAGAUUUUCCUGUACCUGGACCACGUAGAUGUGCUCUCGGUGGGGUUGGUGUGUCGGCAAUGGCAUGCGGUGGCCCGGGAUGAGUUCCUGUGGAAGGAGCUGUUCUAUAGAUACUACAGGGUCUCUCGAGAAGUGCCACGGCACCCAGCUGCUGUUUCCUGGUAUGAGGACUUCCAGAGGCUCUAUGACACCAUCCCCUGUGUUGAAGUGCAGACCCUGACUGAGCACAAUGACCAGGUCUUACACCUUAGCUUCUCCCACACAGGCUACCUGUUUGCAUCCUGCUCCAAGGACUGCACAGUUAAGAUCUGGAACAACGAGCUGGCCAUUUCCCUGCUCCACAGCUCCAACAUGAGGCGGUACAACUGGAGCUACACCCAGUUCUCCCAGUUCAACUCAGAUGACACCCUCCUCCUGGUGUCAGGGGUCUUUGUGGGGCCUCGCAACUGCUCCUCAGGAGAGAUCGCAGUCAUUAGCCUGGAGAACUUCACGCUCCUCUCCAGGGUGAGGAACAAACCCUAUGAUGUGUUUGGCUGCUGGCUGAAUGAAACCAACUUGAUUUCCGGCAACCUGCACCGAAUUGGGCACAUCACCUCCUGCUCUGUGCUGUGGCUGAACAAUGCCUUCCAGGGCGUAGAGUCUGAGAAUGUGAAUGUAGUGAAGAGACUGUUCAAAAUCCAGAACUUGAACGCCAGCACCAUCCGGACAGUGAUGGUGGCAGACUGCAGCCGCUACGACACCCCGGACCUGCUCCUGGACUACAAGGAGCAGCUGGCCGCUGCUGCCGCUCCCUACCAGGUCUUUGAUCUUGGCAGUGACAGUGAGGAAGAGGAGGUGAAGCCCAAGCAGAAAGUGAUGCCAGAGCCAGUGGCGCAGGCAUCGCCGGAUGGUGGGAGCGGGACAGCAGAGGACGGGCUGCAGCAGUUCCUGGACGACAUCCUCGGAGGCCGUGUGAUGCCCGUCAUGAGUGAGAGCGAGCUGGAGACGAAGGUGGCAGAGCUGCUUGCCAGGAACAGGACUAAACCGCCUGAGCUGAACCAGCUGCCCACAGAGGCCAGCAACAAGAAGAAAUACUUAAUCUUCACCACAGGAUGCCUCACCUACUCUCCACACCAGAUAGGGAUUAAGCAGAUCUUGCCUCAUCAGAUGACGACUGCUGGACCAGUGCUUGGGGAGAAGAGACGUUCAGACGAGUUCUUUGAUUCGCUGGAUCAUGUCAUCGACCUCCACGGUCACAUUAUUGGAAUGGGCCUUUCUCCUGAUCACAGGUACCUAUAUGUGAACAGCCGGUCCUGGCCGCGGGACUGUGUGAUCUCUGAUCCCAUGCAGCCACCCCCCAUCGCAGAGGAGAUUGACCUGCAUGUGUUUGAUCUGAAGACAAUGAAGGAGGUGAAGCGAGCCCUGCGCUCGCACCGGGCCUACACCCCCAACGAUGAAUGCUUCUUCAUCUUCCUGGAUGUCAGCAGGGAUUUCGUAGCCAGUGGGGCAGAGGAUCAUCAUGGCUACAUCUGGGACCGGCACUACAACAUCUGCCUGGCCAAGCUGCAGCACGACGAUGUGGUCAACUCCGUGGCAUUCAGCCCCAUUGAGCAGGAACUGCUCCUGACAGCCAGUGAUGACACCACCAUCAAAGUGUGGCGCUCCCCCCGCACAGUGCGCAUCCACCACGCCAGGAAACCUAAGCCCCGGAAGCUGCUCUUCUCCUGGCUCAUGAACCAGAAGAGCUGAACCAAGGCACCUGCUCGUGCUGCUGCCUCACUCCAGCCACACCCUUCACUGUGCUUUGGACCAUGGGAGCGUUGAUGGAGAGGAGCUGUGGGCGCAAGGCCCUGGAAGGAUCCUACCCCAAGAGAGAAGCUUGCACUCGCAUCUGACAAACUGCCUCCACCGUCACUGCAGCCUGUGAGCUGGGUCCGAUCUGGGCCUUAGCGGGUCACUGCAGGGCAAACUCCCCCUCCACAUCUCACAAGUGCUGCUAGUCGGUCAUGCUACUUGCAGCCAAGCUUUGGUCACUGAUCAGCACAGACUGGCAGCUUAUUUUUCUUUGUGAGCUGGGGACCGAGCCUCACCGAGCUGCGGGCUGCAAAGCAGUUGGCCCAAGGGAAAUGUCGCAGCACUGCUCUUGUCAUGACACGGCUGUUUUAGUAGCUGUUUUAUUGCUGUCUGUCUAUCCCAUGCAGGAGGUGCUGACAGUGUUACUGGUCACCCUCCUCCCGUCUUCCGCAGCCAGGUCCUGAAUGGAAACUGAGGAGCGAGGAGACUUUCCAAAGAGGCUCUCGCUCGAAAAGUGCAAAGCAUUACGGUGCUGGUGCUGGCAGGGCAGCUCUAACAUUCUGCUGAUGGCAGCUAGCAACUUUCCACCCCGUGUCUCCCCUCGGGCCUACCAGAGUCCUUUGGACUGCAGCCAGCUUAAGGCAAGCCUCUGUUGCUGCUUUCCAUUAGCUGUGAGCCUGUGCACCUCAUCACUGGCUUCCACACACGGGUACGUGGAGAGCUGGUGAGUCACAUAGGACAGGCCUUGGUGAGCUGCUAAAUAACAUUAAGAUGCUACAGUUGCAUUGCUAAUGUGUUGUUUUCCAGGCAAUCCACUGCAUUGGUGACCACAAAGCUGAGGUUCCCCCUUCAAUGGGGGCAGCGUAGGGGCUAGAGUUGGCCAUGAGAAUCGGAGUCCAACUGUCUCAGCAUGAGCCACAAACUCUUGGUAUUUGCUCUGCAGGACACAGCAGGCGGCUCUGCCAUCCCAGCUGAUGCCUGAGUUGCUCACUAACUGCCACCUGGAUGAGAACGUCCACGUGCUCUUUCACUGUGGCUGACUUCUCCCUGCGCUGGUACCAGCCUCCCCCAGCGCCCUUAAGUUCUCAUCUAACGAAACGACAAGUCUUUUCUGUGCUCUGUCACUCAAGGCCCCUGGAGCUGGAUGUGAUGAGGCAGCCUGUGGAAGCCUACAGCGGGAGAUGAGAGGAAAAUGUCUCACUUCCAGGAGCUGGCCCUGGGUCAAAGCUGAUCCCUCUUUAAGAACUAGUUUUUGUCUUUGAAAACGUUGGCCCGAGGAAUUGAACUUGGUGUCUGAACUAGGCUCCUAAAUCUCCAGGCCUGGAUUUCGGAGGUGCUGGGAACCUGCAGGUGCAGUGCUCACAGCCUUGAAAACGGCAGGCUGGAUUUGGAAGCAGGGGCUCUAGUCUGUGAAACGGGCGGUGGGGGAGGACGAGGGGUGUAGACUUGUCAGGACGCUCUGCUCAGGCAGAGGCACAAGUCAAACUAAAUGGUGCUUCUGCUGCUUUCUGUCAGUCCUCUGGGCUGCAGCCUUCUGUGCUGUGUGGACUCGCAGGGUUUUAAUUCCUCUUAUGGGGGCUGGCAAGAUUAAUAGUGUUGCUACCCCCAGCAGCAGGCUCCAGGGCCUCUAGCCCCCAGAGUUCACAUAACGGGUCUGUCUGUCACUAGCAGCAAAACUUCCCCAGAGAGCAGGGAGGUUUUGUUUGCAAAUGGGUCGGAAGACAUGGAUGCUUCCUGUGGAGCUGUUUGACCAUUAAAGAAACUAAAUUCA